AAAACUACUCAGAAAAAUAAAUGAACGGCUACAUUUCGCACCUUUUUUUUAAUAUUUUUUUUUUCCCAUUUUUAGAUCUACGAUAGCUUCAAUUUUAUCUACCAAAACACCACCAAAAACUCUUCUCUUUCCCCUUCUACAGCGAGAGAGAGAGAGAGGAGAUGGGGUCGAAGGAGGAGGUGGUGAUGGAGAGGGUGGGAUCGGAGGGGGAGGGGUCGGAGAUCCGGUCGCCGGAGAGCAACUCCAGCGACGGCGGCGGCGGCGGAGGAAGGAGCGCAUUCGAGUACUUCGGAUGGGUUUACCACCUUGGGGUUAACUCCAUUGGACAUGAGUAUUGCCACCUCCGAUUCCUCUUCCUCCGCGGGAACUACGUCGCCAUGUACAAAAGGGACCCCCAUGAGAACCCCGGCAUCAAGCCUAUUAGGAAAGGUGUUAUAAAUCACACUCUUGUGGUGGAAGAAGUUGGACGUCGGCACGUCAAUAAUGGGGAUCUUUAUGUUCUGAGAUUUUACAAUCGGCUGGAUAAAGCGAAAAAGGGAGAGAUUGCUUGUGCUUCUCCUGGUGAGGCGCGGAAAUGGAUUGAAGCAUUUGAGCAAGCUAAGCAACAGGCUGAGUAUGAUCUUUUAAGAGGGAGUGGCUGUCAAAGCCUAAACACUAACUCUGAGCUCAAUCUUGAUGGGCAUCGGCCCAGAGUGAGGAGAUAUGCACAAGGUCUGGGGAAGCUUAUUAAAAUAGGAAAAGGUCCAGAAACGCUCCUUCGAAAGGCUUCAGACCUUGGUAGUUUUGGGAGGGUAAAUUCAUAUGAUGAAGGUGACACUGGAGAUGCAUUUGAUGCACAUGAAUGGAGAUGUGUUCGUACUUUUAACGGUAUUAGAGUUUUUGAGGAUGUGUCCAAGUCAAAGGGUGCAAAAGGUAUACUUGUUAAGUCCGUUGGCGUAGUUGAAGCAAAUUUGGAUACUGUCUUUGAAGUACUCAUGAGCCUUGAUAGGCAUAAGAGAUAUGAGUGGGAUAUGUUGACAGGCGACCUAGAAUUGGUGGAAGCAAUUGAUGGGCAUUAUGAUGUUGUUUACGGGACCUAUGAUCCGAAAUAUCUUACUUGGUGGAAUUCGAAGAAAGAUUUUGUUUUCUCAAGGCAGUGGUUUCGUGGGCAAGACGGGGCUUAUUCCAUUUUGCAACGUCCUGUUGUUCUCAAAAAACAACCUCAAAGAUCUGGCUAUCAACAUAUAAAAAUGAACCCUUCCAUUUGGGAAAUUAGAAGACUAAGCACCUCGGGGUCAUCAACUUCCAAGUGCCUUGUGACUCAAAUGUUGGAAAUUAAUUCAAGUUUCUGGGACAAAUGGAAGAGAAGGCGCAGCUCAAAUUUUGAGAGAACAAUCUCUUUUGCUUUGUUAUGCCAAGUUGCAGGAUUAAGAGAAUAUUUUGGAGCAAAUCCCUCACUGACAUCUGAUUCCCCCACUACAAUUGUUCAUGCAAAGGUAUCUGAUCCUUCUGGUACACAUGUUGAGCUUGAGGAUCCUGAUUCUAAGGAUGAGUUCUAUGAUGCAAUUGCUGAUGGUGAUUCCUUGGAUGAUGAAGAUAGUGAUGAUGAUGCUGAGUUACCCAAGGCUGGAAAAGUGAAGCUGAAGAACGUUUCAUGGGCCAUCACUGCCUUGGCUUUGAAGAGAAGCAAAGGUUUGCCAGAGAGUAGUGAGUUGAAUACAAACUUCCCUGCAAUUACCUUUGAUCCAAGUCAGUUUCAUGGUUCAUUGAGACAAGGAAAAGGGGAAAGCGACACCAACUGUUGGAGUUCUCCAGGUGGCCAAGGUUUUAUGAUAAGAGGGAAGACAUAUUUCAAAGACUACUCUAAGAUUGCUGGAGGAGAUCCUCUUCUGAAGCUCAUUGCAGUUGAUUGGUUUAGGUCCGAUGACACCAUUCAUAAUGUUGGAUCACAUCCUAAAUGCCUCGUUCAGUCGGAUGCUGGCAAAAAGCUCCCGUUCAUCCUCAUUAUAAACUUACAGAUUCCAGCAAAGCCAAAUUACAGCUUAGCUCUUUACUAUGCUGCUGAUAGACCUGUGAACAAAGAGUCUUUAUUGGGUAGAUUUGUUGAUGGAACUGAUGUGUUUCGAGACGCAAGAUUCAAACUUAUCCCGAGUAUUAUAGAGGGCUAUUGGAUGGUCAAGCGCGCAGUUGGAACAAGAGCUUGUCUAUUGGGAAAAGCAGUGACAUGCAAUUAUAUCCGAAAGGAUAAUUUUUUAGAGAUUGACGUCGACAUUGGCUCCUCAUCAGUAGCAAAGAGUAUCAUCAGCCUAGUUCUUGGUUAUGUGACAGGCAUUGUUGUCGACCUUGCAAUAUUGGUUGAGGCUCAGGAAGAGAGAGAACUACCGGAAUACAUUCUCGGGACAGUUCGGUUGAGUCGUGUGAGGCUUGAUUCUGCUGUCCCACUGUGAAUAAACGCUUUUUAAGCCAAAGACAUUAUGGUUCUGAAAAAAAAGAAAAAGAAAAAAGAAGCAUCACAAAACAAUGGGGGCUAAUCAACUUCUCAGUGUGGUCCUCGAUGGUUCUAUUCAACAUUGCUAUUUAAAUUUCUCUAGCAUCAUACCAUAAUAUUGUUUAGGGUUUAUAUGCGGACAUUUCGACUGUUAAUACCAGUUGUUCUCGAGUGUUGGCUGCAUCAGGUUUAGCUAAUGGUUUGUAAAAAGUAUAGGAGUUUUCACAUCAAGUUUAUGGGGAGAAUUAAUUCGAGAUAAAUGGUAAUGAUUUACUAGAAAUUCCAUGUGGGAAUUAUUGUUUUGUUAACUCGUAGUUAGCAUCAUCAGUUCUUUCUUAGGCCUGGCUUGUGGAA